AUGCCUCCAAGAGUAAGAGGACGAGGCAAGGGUUCCAUGCGUGGAGGACCGUCAUCAGCUGGACCAUCACACAGACGCACUCCAUCGGCGUCCUUUUCCACCUCCGACUCUCACGACAUGUGGGGUCAACCUUUUGAGCCGGCAAGACACUCAGUCUCGCUAAGCUCAUCGCCUUCUUUCCACCCGUCCUUUGGGCCACUUAUUCCUGAUGAGCCCGAACACUCUCACCACUCCCAACAAUCUCACCAUUCGCACGAGUCUUACCCGUCGCAUAACUCUUUGCAAUCUCACUCGUUUCAUCACUCUGAUUCCCUCUAUUCCUCGGGACAGUUCAACCCAGCCGAUUAUGUUAAUGAUUUUCUUGGCUAUAACCCAUUGGGCCCUGAGGACCAUUUCUCUCAGGAGAUGGAAAUGGAUGAUGACCCCGACCCGGAAAUGCAAACAGGAACCCCGGGCCACCCUAUCAGCAUAUCUAGUGGGUCUCCGUUUCAGGGAUCCCCAUACCAUGGGCCCGACUCGUUCCAGGAGAAAAUGGCUACAUAUGACUGGUUCUUUACCCCAUCUUACCAUAGCUCUCCAGCCCAACCACCUUUGGAAGAUCCUCAACUUCAAGCUGUCUCACCACCACCACUCCUAGUAGAGGAGCCACCACAGCAGCCACCGCAGCCACCUCCCGAGCCUCCGAGGCGAAGGAGGAACGCAUGCAUGUCCGUAAGAGGAGGACCCCGUUUCAGUUCUCCUCAUGGUUCGAGUUCCUAUCCCCCUAUUCCAGAGGACCCCCAGAUGGGUGGGCCCUCAAACGCGGCACCGGAGGCUAAUCCUCCGCAAGCUUCUUAUGCACCACCUGAGCCGCCUAUGGGUUUUGAUAACCCAAUCCCGACGUACCCAGGUCCUUUCGGGUACAAUCCUUAUGAGAACCCAUCGGCUGGAUACCCGGGUCAGGGUUACCAGUACCCGCCGCCUCCUCCCCAGCAGCUUCAGCAACAACAACAAACCCAGGAAAUUCUGGAGAGGCUAGAUAAGGUUGAGAACAAGGCUAGGAAGAACAAGGAAAGGCGUACUAGCUUCAUGAAAGGCCUUGCGAACCUUAUCAAAGUGAAGAAGAAGUAG